AUGCGAUUGGAUUUUUUCCGCUACAAUCAAGAAACCAUCAGAGUAGAUCUAUACCAAGGCAUACUUGAUACAUUGGAAAGCGGAAAAAACAGUGCAGCUAAUAUUGGCCACAGAGUCAUAUUGCCACCUUUGUUCCUCGGAGGACCUAGAGACAUGAAAAAGAGAUAUUUAAAUGCAAUGUCUUUGGUGCAGCGCUAUGAAAAGCCUGAUUUGUUCAUCACAAUGACAUGCAAUGUAAAUUGGCCAGAGAUCAAGAAUGAGUUGGCUGUUGGAGAAGAAGCUCAGAAUCGUCCCGAUUUGGUUGCAAGGAUUUUUCGUGCCAAGCUACUAGCAUUGAAGAAACAUAUUAUGGAAAAACAAGUGUUCGGAGAUGUUGCUGCAAUUGUUUAUGUUGUUGAAUUUCAGAAGCGGGGUCUACCACAUGGCCACAUGCUCAUCAUUUUGAAGCCCGCUUUCAAGAUUAAAUGUCCGGCGGACUUUGAUAGAUUCAUUUGUGCUGAAAUCCCAACACAAGAUAAUCCUCACCUCAGGAAGAUUAUUCUUAAGCACAUGAUGCAUGGUCCGUGUGGCCACCCGAACCUUGAAUGUCCGUGUAUGAAGCAUCUAAAGAGAAAGGGGUCUUGCAAGUAUGGAUACCCAAAAAAGUUUCGCAGUGAGAUGACAAACAAUGGUGAUGGUUAUUCGAUGUACAAGAGACGGGAUACUAUUGACAGUGCUUUUAUACGCAAAGCAACAUUGGAUAGCAGAUGGGUAAUACCAUAUAACCUUUAUCUUUCAUCCUUGUUUGACUGUCAUUUAAACGUAGAAGUAUGCUCGACAAUUGAAGCAGUCAAGUACUUAUAUAAGUACGUUUACAAGGGGCAUGACAAGAUCUUCUUCAAUGUUGUGUGGAGAGGUGAGGUUGACACUGUUGAUGAGAUAGAGCAUUACCAGUCAGGGAGGUGGGUUUCUGCUUGUGAAGCUGCAUGGCGCAUUUUUGGAUUCGACCUCUUUGAAAUGCACCCAUCUGUCAUGACCCUCCCAGUGCAUUUACCUAUUUAA